AUGCCUGCAGAGCACGACCAAAUUGAUAUUGAGCGCCCAAAAAUUCCUGCCUGGCCAGAAGAUGUCAGGCAACAGACAGUCCGGGAUGAAAGCCCAAGACGGAUGCCGAACUGUCCACCCAUAGCAGCAGCCGACUCAGUCCGUGAAGGACGCCCAAGCGGCCAGCUGUGGCGAAGGAUAUGUGCCAUUUCGCUUUGCACUGGGAUGUUGGCCGCACUGUGUUUUGUUUGUGGCUCCUUGCUGGGCUCAGCCAUGGGCGGAUCACGCUGGUCACCAGAACUCAUGGACUUCACGAAUUUCAUUGGCAUCCUGGUGUUGUUUGUGGGGAUGGCAGGAGCAGGCUGUGUGACGCUGAAACUAACGACGUCGGAGGACGCCUUCUCCCAGGCAUUGAAGUAUCGAGUGUGGGCGAGUGUGCCGUUCAGUUCAUUGCAGUUGGGAGUUGCCCCACCUGCUUUCCAAACAUAUUUGGUGCAAGGGAAUGGGCACUUUGAACGGCAUGGACCUGCAGUAAAGAAGGAACUGAAGGCCAGCGAGGUCAUCUUAAGCGAGUCGGUGAGCUGCACAUGCUGCCUCUCGGAGACUUGGUUCGAGUUUGUUUGGUUCGUUCACUACCUUGGUCCCGAAACGGGUACAUUUUCUUAUUCAAUUUAUACCUUAAGUCUCUUGAGCAAGCUUUUGAGAAGUUGGUUCGACAUUCACUUUCUGGGAGGGACUCGGAGAGACAGUGCCACAAAAUCUGCACAUCCAAGCAAAGCUGCUUUGAUCUCCUCACCCGCCACAAAAAGUUGA